CAGAAUUUUACACGUAAAUAUAGAUCGGGGGAAUUUUACUUGUACAUUGGUUUCGGGAAUGUGUCGUUAGAAAAAUAUUUCAACCUGAAGUUAAGACUGCAUUGCACUUUCCAUUGGAGUGUGUAUAGUAGUCACCAACCAGCAUGGGUAACACUAUGUCCUGUGAGGUUGAAGACGCUGCUAGAGCUAAAGAGAGGUUACAGGAACGGUUAACUACCGGACAGUGUAACGUCAAUGGCAAAGGCUUGGGUGGAUGGACACCACUUCACGAGGCUACCUUUUACGGCCACAUACAAUGUGCCGAGCUUCUUCUCCAACACGGGGCGGUUACCAAUAUACAGGAUGAGUAUGGUGAGACACCACUUCACGUCGCUGCGUGGUGCGACCGCAAACAAUUUGUCCAGCUUCUCCUCCAACAUGGAGCAGAUACCAGUAUCCAGGCUGAAAAACAAAAGACAUCAAGAAUGAUGGCAGAAGAGAAAGAACACACUGCCGUUGCAGAACUGCUGAAGCGUUUUGAAAUACCAGAUAUACAGAUGUAUAUUCAAACCAGGACACUGGAGCACCUUGCUGAAAUAUUAGACCACGCGGAAUGCGACAACUUUAACCUGACCAACUUUAACUCGAACUUUCCUGAAAAAUUCCAAAAAAUUCAAGUAGUGAAAGAUUGGAUCGCCGAGAACAAUUAUACUACUUUGAAAGAUAUAAGGGAUGGACUUCAGGCUGCAAACCUUCUGCGGCUUUCCAGUGCGGCAAUGGAGUAUUAUGGUGAGAUGGUGAUGAACAUUGCAGAUAUGUCCCCCGAUGAAUUUGAAGCUCUCUGUAGAACCCUGACCACUGCGAAGUACAUGUACACACCAUGUGCAACAACCUGGGAUCGAGCGACACGCCCACGUAUGGAUAACUUGGACGAGAACGAAGUUUUGCGAGAUGAGGUGCGGCAGUUGACAGCUAAACUUCGUCAGCAGAGCCAGUAGGUGGAUGGCAGUCCGCGCAAUGUAAUUUUAUGUCAUUGACAUACAUGACACGCAAAUGAUCAUAGGAUUCCACCAGUGCCGUGUAAUUAACCAAUUAAUCAGUUGAUUGGUUCAUAAGUCUUCUCGUGUUUUUUGUAACGUUCUGAGUUAUAUAUAUAUAUAUAUAUAUAUAUAUAUAUAUAUAUAUAUAUAUAUAUAUAUAUAUAUAUAUAUUAUUCUUUGGGAUUUCAGUAUGUUGAAUAGGGGCCCAGCAAACACAGAACGUUACCAUAACGUUACCAUAGCGUUUUUUUUUUUGUUUUAUAAACGUGAUGGAAACGUUAUAAAACGUUCCAUGUUUGUCGAGAGGCUGCCAUCUAAUUGCUGGUGUAAAAAAAAAAUCCGUAGCCAUUUCGACCUGCUUCACCCCAGCCAUUGUCUGUUCAUUGUAAACAUUUUUGCUGUAAGCUCUCCGAUUAAUGCUUAAAUAUCAGCAAAGGUUUUGUGUGUGAUAUAUGUAAUAAUCCUUAGUGUAGGAG